UGUCACAAAAAGUACAAGAUGUUCGAAUUUUACUAAUAAAUUGCAAAUACUUUGAACAAUACAUUUAAAAUGGUCUGAUUUUGGUUAGGAGUGUUUCGACUCUAAUCCUGUACUCAGUCGUUCGAUGCUAUAGCAAGACCUUAAUGUCGUAGGUAGUAAAACAAAGGUCAAGGUCGAUUGAUAACGUAGUGUAAACAUUACUGGUUGGAUUGCGACAUUUUAUUGAAACUAUUCGCUAUUUACUCUAAGUCGCUUCGAAAAACAUGCCUCCGGCCAACAACAACAACAGCAACAACGAUGAUUUACCCCCGCCCAAGGCGGACUUUAGCGCCCCGCCACCAUACGAAGCAACGGAUAACAAUGCUCAUCAGCAUUAUGCUCAACAGCCACAUCAAGAUAUAACGACCAAGCUGCCGACAUACGAGGAGGUUCAGAUGGAAAAAAUGAUCAACCAUGAGUUACCAAUUCCACCGGGUAUGGGCCAGAUGCCUCCACCGCCACCCAGUAUUACAGGUCUCCCACUGGGACCGACAGGACGUUCCACGGGUGGCCUCGGUGGUGCGCCAGCUGUCACCUUCAUUGCCAUCGACGCCGACGGAGAAAACAUCAAUGCUGAUAACAGUCUCCUCGGAACGGACAUUGUCUUUGUGACAGCCUUUCUGGUCGCAUUUUUGUUCAACUGGAUCGGUUUCCUGAUGUUGACAUGCUUCUGUCAUACGAUCGCUGCCCGCUAUGGAGCUUUGUCCGGUUUCGGUCUCUCGCUAGCCAAGUGGACUUUGAUCGUCAAACAUUCAACAGACUUUGCAUCGCAUGAAAACUCCUGGCUUUGGUGGCUCAUAAUGGCAUUUGGAUUCCUGAUCUGCGUACGGGCUCUGGUUCAGUACAUUAGCAUCAAGCGAACCUGGCGUUUGCUUUCAUCGUCCGCCCAGGAACGGUUGCUAUUCUUUUACUGAGUUUCGUGUAUUGCUUAAAAGAGGCAGAAGUUUGAAAACCGCCCGUGUUGUCAGUAAAUCAACUACUAACUAAGAACGCAGGACAGCUGCCGUUCAAUCGAUCGAAACGUCUCUAGCUUAAAACCAAAAUCCUUAAUUUGACUAGGCAUCAGCUUGAAGGCAUUACGUUCAACGUUUCAGAGAUGGCUUUGUGAUAAUACAAUCAAAUUUCUAAAUUUCCAUUCAAAUACUAACAUAUUCAAAGGGCAUACGAUCGAAUUACAUGUCUUUGGAUUGUGGUUUACACCUAUAUUUCAUGUUUAUCCAUAAGCUACAAAAGAAGAUAGUCAAUGCCCCCUUAAUUUGGUAAUUUCACGUAUGAACUUUUGGAUACGAUAGUUGCUAGUGUAACUGAUUUCAUCUCUCAAGUAUAGUUUAGUUUACAAUCAACAUUCCCUGCUCACUAUCGUUACACUAUUUGCCAUUCGAUUCGAAUACCAAGGAAAAUUAUUAUUCCAAGUUAUCCUUAUUGUGUUAGUUACAAAGCCGAUAACCCGUAGCUGUAAAUUGUGGAUUGUAGUGUUAGACUGCCCGUUGAAAUUGUCAAAACGCAAACAUGUGCAAUCGAUGUUUCGAUUUCUGUUACUUUUAAACGGCAGAAUUUAUUUUGGCCGUCUUUAUUUUCCAUUUGUGGCAUAAUCGAUACCUAGUUUAUGUAUAUUUUCUAAUUCGUUGAAUUUACCACACAUUAAGAGUGAAACGCUUCUGUUAUGAAUAUUGUUUUUUGUGUUAUAUAUAGUUAAAAAUAGUAUUGCAUUGAAGUUGCGAUCAGCAGAUCGGAUGGAUAACAGAUUCAACACAGCAUUCAAAUAGAGAGCAUAUUUUUGUACUUGUAAAUAGGCUUUGUUGUGGACAAAUCCAGCUACACACAGACAAAAUAAUAUCUAUCAAAAAUCAAUCGUAUUUGAAAUGUGAAUAAGGCAACUUUAUCUAAAUACAAUAAAAAUAUAAAAAAUGUG